AUGGGCUCCCUACACCCAGGGUAUCUUACCCUAGUGGUAUGCUGCCUUGUACAGCCAGGGAUGUUUUAUUACUUCGAGAAGGGUUUCGACCAUUUCUAUACCUAUUCCUCGAGGUCAGACCUGUUUGGUAUGCAUCACUUCACUACCAUAAUGAAGUUCCGCAUUCGACCUGUGAACCACUCAUCAGAGAAUGUACACUCAUUGAUGCUGGAUAGCUUUGUUCAACACUCAGAGGAUGGUUAUAUUGCUGAAAACCCCCAACAAUGGAACUUAUCUAAAAGGUUUUAUUUCCGGUUGAAUGAUGACGGCACCGUUGCUAUUGUACACUAUGAUCACGCAGAUGACGACGAAGUGAUAGCUCUGAAGAAAGUACUGACCAGUACUCUGUCAGCUAAGGCUAACAUACACAAGAAUCAUCCCCGCGUAUAUGUAAACCGUGAAGUGGACCAUACCGGUGAUUUAGAACACGAGUAUCGUGUGUCACGUGGUUCUGAGGGAAUGAUAUUGAGACGAGUACACAACAGUAGUGACAGUGUACUCAGAAAUCACAACAAGGUAAAAUGA